AUGGCCACUCAAACUGCUCGACCCGUUACCCAAAUUCCUGAUCACGCAGCGGAGAAGUCCGACUUAAACGAUUCCACUGCGAAAGUAUGGGUUCAAGUUCCAUAUGAUCCUUCCAAAUACGAGGCCUCCCACAAUGCCAAGAACUUUCUAGAUUGGGAACAAACCUGGGAUGGUCUGUUCCCAAUGCUUCUGAUCUACUCCGUGGGCUGGGUCCGGAGUUCUGCCCCGCCGGGACCCGACAACGCGACUUACGACCUCAUGUACGAGUCCCGGGCCCGUGAUCAACAGACAAAGCCAACUGCCAUUGGCAAGUUCAACUCGGUGGGCGUCGCCAAUAACCACGCUAUGGCGUACAUGGAUCAGUGCACGGUGAGCCCGCAGGCCGACAUGGAUGGAAAGGGCUUCACGUGGCGAUUGCAUCCGAAUGGCUGUCUGGACCUCAUGAUCCAGGAAGAUGGGGAAGAGCAUAAGAUUUAUGUUCAGGAGCAGAGUCCUGAAAGUGAAAAUGGGCCGUAG